GCCCAUCAAAGCUCACUAAAGUAGCUACAGAGUCAAGUCCGAUUGCUCAAGCAAGAUUAGGCAAAACAAGCGUCAUUCUAGCAGCGACAACAAUAACUGAACAAAAUGGACUGCGCAUCUUCAAGCUCUCAACCAACUGUCAACCCCGUGGUCUUCUUCGAUAUAGCAUUAGGAGGGGAGCCUCUGGGUCGUAUAAAAAUGGAGCUAUUUGCCAAUAUCACGCCCCGAACAGCAGAGAAUUUCCGCCGGUUCUGUACAGGUGAAAGUAAAAAUGCCCAGGGACGGCCACAGGGCUACAAAAACAGCAAAUUUCAUCGAGUAAUCAAGGACUUUAUGAUUCAAGGUGGUGAUUUUGUCAAUGGGGAUGGGACAGGAUCUUGUACCAUUUAUGGUACUCCAAGGUUCUCAGACGAAAACUUCACCCUAAAGCAUGACCAUGCUGGCUUGCUUAGUAUGGCAAAUUCUGGUCCGAACACGAAUGGGUGUCAAUUCUUUAUAACAACCACCACGACUCCAUUUUUGAAUGGGAAGCAUGUCGUUUUUGGCAAAGUGCUCGAGGGAAUGGACGUCGUUCGAAUGAUUGAGAACACUAGGACAACAAGGGAUAAGCCCAACCAAGAUGUUUCGAUUAUCCAAUGUGGAGAGAUGUGAUGAAUGGACACUAGUUGCUAGUGUGUCAUGAGCAAACUCCAAUAAUACGAAUAAUUUACCUUUUAAUAUGAUACAAAGGAAGAAGCAUGUGGCAUGAACUUU